AUGUGGAGUUUGAAACUCCGACCACUGCAAAGACAGUGGGCACCGGCUCGGACUCGAGCUCUGUCGAGCUUCCGAAGUCACGGAUCGCGGCGUGGUCCUCGCAACAGCAUACGAAGGCCAGACCUUAUUCGAACUUCAAGAAAUUCACAGCCUCAGCCAACUCCCCCUGAGUCUCAACAUGCCACACAACCCGAUUACGAUCCCUCGCAAAACACUCUUCUCUCUCCCGUCUACAUACCUGAGGACCCCAAUGGUGUGCUCAAAGAAAACCAUCCGGCGACGUCUAUAUUAGCGAAUUCGGGGAUAGUCAUACAGCGACAACUAGAGAUGAUGAACAUUAUGAUUGGCUUUGAACAAGCGAACAAGUACGUCAUCAUGGAUGCACAAGGAAAUCAGAUUGGAUGGAUGGCAGAGCAAGAGAAGGGCCUGGCGGGUACAAUGUCACGGCAAUGGUUCAACACCCACCGAAGUUUUGUGACACAUGUUUUUGACCGACAAGAAAACGAGAUCCUUCGGUUUCAUCGCCCAUUCUCUUGGAUCAAUUCCAAGAUUCAUGUCUAUGAUCCUCUUCAUCGAACAUCGCCCACGGGCUCACCAUCCACAUCUCUCCUAGAAAUGACAGCCGGAUCUCUUGUCCCAGCUGGAGAUGGAUCAAAUACACGGAUAUCACCACUUGAUAUAAGUCAAAUGAGAGUUAUCGGAGAGGCCCAGCAGCAGUGGGCGCCUUUGCGGCGGAAAUACAACCUCUUCACUCACCACAAGUCUCCAAAUUCAGCAACAGACAUGGGAAACCAGAACUUCACAUUAUCGAAGUCUGGUCUAUCAGAAGCACAGCAGAUGCAGUUAAUGCAGACUUCCAACCAAGACCAAGGCCAAUUUAACCAAUUUGCCUACGUCGACGAGCCAUUCCUAUCAUGGGAUUUCUCCCUAAAAUCAGCAGACAAUCAGCUAAUUGGAUCCGUGAACCGCAAUUUCUCCGGCUUUGCUCGCGAGAUAUUCACAGACACCGGUGUUUACGCUCUGCGCAUGGAUUCCGCAAAUCAAGUCACCGAACGUUCACACAACAACGAAUACCAAAGCCUAACCCUUGACCAACGCGCUGUUAUGCUGGCCACGGCUGUGAGCAUUGAUUUCGACUACUUCAGUCGCCACAGUGGCAGCAGUGGUGCAUUCGGCUUCAUGCCGUUCUGGUUCCCUGGGAUGGGCGGCGCAUCUACUGCCGAGGGUGCCGCUGCAGGAGGUGCCGCAGGAGGCGCCGCAGCUGGUGAAGCAGGCGCGGUUGGCGAGGCUGCAGCGGGGACUCUUGGGCGAGCUGGAGCCGCUGGCAUGCCAGGUGGUAUGGCUGCAGGGGCUACUGGCGCAGGCACACUGGCUGGGUAUGAUGCAAUGCACCGGGGAGCCUCGGCCGAUCCGAAUGCCCCAGCACAGCCUGACCAGCCGGGCUGGGGCCAGGAACCAAUGGAUGGCUGGGGGCAGGAACCAAUGGAUGACUACGGUCAGCCUAAUGAGUCUCAGGAUGAGGAUCCUUGGGGUGGUGACUUCUGGGGUGGCGGAGGAGAUGAGGGUGAUGGAGGCGGUGACUUCUUUUAA